AUUCCAUUUAAGUUAGUUUAAAUAAGAAUGGAGUCGCGUGUACAUGUUUUGGAACAUAUACCAAUUAAAGCCAAUUUGAGUGAAGAUGAAGUAAAACAAAUUGCUUGGCAAUUGUAUGGUGAAAAAGUGAUUUCAGUUAAGGAAUUAAAUGGUUACGAUGAUAAAAAUUUCCAUAUAAAAAACGAAGAGGGGAAUGAGAUUAUUAUGAAAUUCAUUAAUUCAAUCGAUUCGAAUAAUCCUGAAAUAUUUGAAGCACAGUCACUUUUGUUAGUACAUUUGAAGAAAAAUGGAAUUCCAUGCCCAACUCCCAUUAAAACAAAAAGCGGCCAGUAUUAUGAAAAAUACCAAUUGAAGAGUGGCAGUCACAUAGUGAGAGCUCUGAAAUUCAUGGAAGGUAUUGUGUUAGCUGAAAUCACAUGGAAUAAUAACCUAUUUUACGAGAUUGGUAGAUCUGCCGCAAACAUGGAUAAUGCUAUGGCGAGUUUCCAACAUCCAGCAUACGAAAAUUAUAAAUCGCUGUGGAUGCUGGAAUCAGUACCAGAAAUAUUACAUCUAUUGUCUGCAGUGAAUGAUUCCAACAAACAGCAAUUAAUAACAACAAUAGUGCAUGAAUUCAAAGAAAAGUUAUUGCUUUGCUCAAAAAACUUUCAAAGGGGAUUGAUACAUGGAGAUUUUAAUGAACAAAAUAUUAUAGUCGACAAAACUGAUAAAGGACAAUAUGAAGUAAAAGCAAUCAUUGAUUAUGGUGAUUGUCAUAUAGGAUUUUAUGUAUAUGAAUUGGCUAUAACAAUGACAUAUAUGAUACUAUUAGCUAAGGAUAUUGGGGCAGGUGGAUAUGUUUUCAUGGGUUACGUUUCAGUUAGACCUAUGAGCAAAGAGGAAUGUUCAUUCAUAAAGUUGUGCAUAGCUGCAAGAUUAUGUCAGUCGCUAGUUAUGGGAGCUUAUACAAAUCAGCAGGAUCCAACAAAUACAUAUGUUUUGAUUACAGCAGUGUAUGGGUGGCAAUUACUUGAGGAACUAUGGAAUGAGGAUGAUGAGAACUUGUUGCAAUUAUGGAAUAUUGCUUCAAACAACAAAAUUACAUAGCAUGCAUAGAAAAAAAAAUGAAUAAAUUCUUUUUAAAAGCUCAUUGUUUAUUGAGAAUAAUUGAAAUUUAUAGUUGCUUAUGUUUUUUCAGUUCCAGUUUUCAGUGAAAUUUGACAAUUUGGGAUAGAAAAUUCUUUUCGGUUGAGACAGAGUAUUUUUAUACUAUUUUUAUGGGUGAUCUACUGAUUCAUACAAUUAACAGAGUUAUAAAUAUUAAGUUAUAUAUCAAAGGUGACCACAAACCUUGCUUUUGAGAACCGCAAACUUCGAAACUACACUCAAGGCCAGUGCGUCAUCAAAUCAAGAAAUCUGUCAUUGGUUUCAUGAGAAAAGCUAGAUAUUCAAUUCUUCUAUUAGCUUUUGAGUAAUGAAAUCAUUUGUAAUCAAAAAACUAUUUAAACUUAUUUUUUUAAAUAAUAUAUAAACUAUUUAUUCAGAGAACAAAUAAAUAACAAUACGACUGAUUCAGCUCUUUGUAAUAAACACGAACCUUUUAGAGAUUAUGUGAAAAAAAAAAGAAAAUAAUAUGAAGUAUUUCAAUUUUAGAACACCCUGUAACUAAGAAACACUUUCAAGUACUCACAAAUAUUAUAAAACCUUACAAUUAAACAAAACAAACGAUGUUUUGGUUAUUGCUGAAACGACCUAUUUUCAUCUAAAUAGACUCAGGUGACACAACAAAGGGAUCAUUCAUAAAAUGGAGAUUUCCCACGAUUGCGGGAAAGUUAGUUUAGCGACCUCAAGUGGAAGCGGACCCGAGGUUGGGGCAAAGCAAACGAAAGCCUUGAAAACAUUGACAGUACUUAUUUCGGGUGAAGUAGAGCAUUUAGUGUACAGGAAAACUUGCAUGUGAAUGGAAACUUGAUUAUUAGACAAAUAAUUAUGAUUCGUGCUGAUACGAAUUUCUCACUUCCAAGGUAAAAAGUGCCUGCAAUGCUGCUUCGUUGAAAAUUUGACCAUGUUAUUGUAAAAUAUACAGGGAGGUGUUUCCAUAAGUUAGAG